AUGGCAACCUUCAACACUAGUCACUGGAAUGAAACUACAUACAUCUAUGAAUGUCUUGGUUUCCAAGUGCAAAAGAUUUAUCCUUUCCAUGAUAACUGGAACACUGCCUGCUUUGUUAUUCUGAUUAUAUUUAUUUUUACUGUAGUUUCGUUGGUGGCUUUGGCUUUUCUCUAUGAGCUGCUUGAUUGCUGCUGCUGCGUGAAAAAUAAAACCAUGAAAGACCUGGAGAAUGAACCCAACCCCGUUAGAACCAUGAUGGACAGAUUUAGAAAGCGUGAAACAGAAGUAGUGUAA